AUGCUAUCUACACAACAGCAACAACAGCAACAACAGCAACAGCAACAGCAACAACAACAACAACAACAACAACAACAACAACAACAACAACAACAACAACAACAAAAUAGUAGUAGCAAUAAUAGUGGAAAUAAUGUUGUAAAUACAGAUAAUCAACCACAACUACAAACACCAGUAUCAACACCAUCUCCAGCACCGGCACAAAUACAAUCACAAUUAAAUAAUUCAAAUGGAAAUAAUUCACCUUCAACACCAGAAUCAUUAACAAUUUUAGUUAAUAAAUAUUUAAAUAAAACUUUAAGUGAUUGCUCAAAAAAGCAACAAUCAAUUAAAGAUGAAAUUAAAGUUAUUUUAGAAUAUUUAAAAGCCAACCCAACUUUAUUAACAAAUAAUGAAUCAUUUCCAGUGCCAUCAUCUAGAAAUAACCCACAAUGGAAUAAAUUUUUAGAGCAUUUAGCGACUAUUUUUAAAUUUACAUUCGAAUCUAAAAGUUCAAAAUUAAUAAUUUCUUCUGUUGAUUUUAUAGAGAAAUUAAUAUCAAGUAAUUAUAUUUUAAGUAGUAUGUUGGAUGAAAAUGGUAAAAUGAUUAUUGAUAAAUUUGUUGAAGCAACCUUAUUUUCAUGUGCAGAAAUUUCAGAUGAAAUGACACUAGUUCAAAUUACAAAAUUUGUUCACACAGCAGCUUCUAAAUUUCAUAGACAAACAUUAUUAUAUUCAUUUAAAACUUUAUUUUACAUUCAUGUAAAUUCUAAAACUCAAUCAAAUUUAGCAAUUGCAUCAAAAACUUCAAUUACCCAAAUUAUAAAUAGAUUAUUUAAAAGUUUUAAAUUAAAACCAAUUAUUAAUAAUUCAAAAACAAAUAAUAUAAAUAUUGAAAAUAAUAAUAAUAAUAAUAAUAAUAAAAUUAAUAAUCAAAUUUCACCACCAAAUGUAUCAAUAUCUUUAACUGAUUUACAAUCACCGACACAUCAAAAACAAAAUAAUGAACAAGUUGUAUCUAAUAUUAUUGAUGAUAUUGUUACAAAAAUUGUAAUAAAAGAUGAUGAACCAUCACAAUCAAAUUUACCAAAUAUAGCUUCAACUAUUUCAAGUCCAAUUGUAAAACAACCAAUGAAUGUAAUAUCACCGGUUUCAACUGACAUUUCCACAACUGCUAAUACCACUUCAACUGCUGUUCCAUCAACAAUAACUCCAAUAACUAACAAUAAUUCUACUAUUACACCACCAAUUAAUACACAAGAAUUAGAUUUAAAUUUAAAAGAUUCAAUAUAUUUAUUCAGAUUACUUUGUGAUUUAUCAUUAAAAGAUAUUUCAGAUUACGAUUCACCAGAAGUUAAAGUUAGAAUUUUUUCAUUAGAAUUAAUUUCAUCAAUUUUUGAAGAAUAUGGUAAAUUAAUCAAAAGUUAUCCAAAUAUUAUAAAUUAUGAAAUUCGAGAAGGUUUAUUCCCAUCAGUUUUAAAUUCCGGUUUUUCAAGCAAUAGUACUAUUUUUAGAUUAUCUUUGACAUUGUUUUUAUUUAUGGUUGUACACUAUAGAGAUUAUUUACGUGAACCAAUUGGUCAAUAUUUCUCAUUAAUUAUUUUAAGAGUUUUAGAAAGUUCAAAUAGUUCACUUCAACAACGUUGGAUGGUACUUCAAGUUUUAGCACGUAUUUGUGAAAAUCAUCAAAUUUUAGUUGAUCUUUAUGUAAACUAUGAUUGUAAUUUAUCUUCAAAAGACAUUUUUCAAAAAACAAUUGAAGAUUUAUCAAAAAUUGCUCAAUUAGUUAUUCAAGAAAAUAAAGUUUACGAUUUAAAAGUUAAAUAUUCAGCAUUAGAAUGUUUAACCUCUUUAGUUAGAGCAUUAUCAGAAGGAAUAAAUUUACACAAAGAAAAUUUAACAGAAAAAUUAAAACAAAUUCCAAAAGAAAACAAAUUUAUAAAACAAAAACAAUUCAAAUUAUUAAUUGAAGAGGGUAAAAGAAAAUUCAAAAUGUCUCCAAAAAGAGGUGUUGAAUUUUUUGUUAAAAUUGGUGCAAUGGAAAAAGAAGCUGCAAAUAUAAGUAAAUUUUUUAAAGAGACUGAUAAUCUAGAUAAAGAAUCUAUUGGUGUUUAUAUUUCUGAAAGAGAGGACUUUAACAUCUCAGUAUUACAUCACUAUACCGAUCUUUUUAACUUUAGUGGUUUUACUCUAGAUGGUGCCCUCCGUUAUUUCCUCAGUCAUUUUAGAUUACCAGGUGAAGCUCAAAAAAUCGAUCGUAUCAUGGAAUCAUUCUCAAGAAAAUACUUUGAAGAUAACAAAUCUGAAAAAAUGGAAAUUUUAGAUCAAGAUUCAGUUUUUGUUUUAUCUUUUGCUACUAUUAUGUUAGCCACCGAUCUUCAUUCUGUUUCAAUCAAAAAUCACAUGUCUAAACAACAAUGGUUAAAAAUGAACUCUAAAAGUAAUGGUCCACAAAAAUUAGAAUAUGACGAAUCUUUUCUUUUAGGUAUUUAUGAUCGUAUUUCUAUGGAGCCAUUAAAGUUAAAAGAAGAAGAAGUCGAUAUCAAUUCAUCAGAUGACCUUUCAAUUAAAAUUAAAAACAAUUUUCCAAUUGAUGAUCCUUCAAAUAAGAAUCAUGUAAAGACUCCAUUUGAUCAUGGUUUAAUUUUAGAAAAUUUGAAAUUUAUGGUUGGCGUAGGUUGGACUCCAUUGUUAGCUGCUCUUAGUACAGUUUUAGAAAAUACUGAGGAUCCAAAAAUUAUUCAAGUUUGUUUAGAUGGCUUUAAAUAUUCAAUCGAUUUAACAUGUCUAUUGGAGAUGUCAACUGAACGUGAAGCUUUCAUCUCUUCAUUAUCUAAUUUUACCAUUAGUGAAAAGAGUAAAGAAUUAAAACAAAAGAAUAUGGAUAGUCUACAAAAAUUAAUUCAAAUUGCUCGCAUUGAUGGUAACUAUCUAGAAAAAAGUUGGUUACCAAUUUUAAAAGCAAUUUCAUUAUUGGAACGUUUAAGAAUAUCAUAUUUAGGUGUAAAUAAUCCAUCACAAGAUUUACAAAACUCAAUAGGUUCAUCAUCGUUGACAUCAAAUACAACAUCAACCACAAUAUCAAACACAACAUCUGUGAAUCAAUUACAAACCCAAUCACCCCAAUUACAACAAAAUCAAAAUGGUUUAAAUAGUUCUACAAGUGGAUUAAGUAAUAAUUUUGGUCAACAACAACAACAACAACAACCACAACAACAACCACCAAAACGUAGUAUUAGCACAACCGAAUUCUUUUUAGGUGUAAAAACUCAUCAAAGAUCCUCUUCCAAUUUACCAUCGAUUGAAGGCAUCAAUAUUGAACAAAUCUCUAAAGAAUUAGAAACUGCUAAUCAUUUAUUUGUAAAUAGUAACUCUCUUACCAAUGAGGCUAUUAUUUAUUUCACCGAAUGUUUAGCUUCAGUUAGUAUGGACGAAAUUAAAUUAACAACUCCAUCAACGUUUAGUUUACAAAAACUUGUAGAGGUUGCAGUUUAUAACUCUAAUCGAAUCAAAUCAAUAUGGAGCAUUAUAGCUGAACACUUCACCAAAGUUGGUAUUACUUUUCCAGAUAAUGUUUAUAUAGAAUCAAUGGUAAUUGAUUCCCUUAAACAAUUGGCCCAGAAAUUCCUUGAUCUAGAAGAAAUUAAUAAAGAUCAGUCACAAAAAGAUUUCCUUAAACCAUUAGAAACAAUAUUCAGUUCAAAUAAUCAUCCAGAUGUUAGGGAAUUAAUUUUGAAAUGUAUUUUCCAAUUGACAAACGGUAGAAAUUCAUUAAUUAAAUCAGGUUGGCGUCCAAUUUUUACAAUCUUUACAUUAUCAUCCUCUUCAUCAGAUCAAACAAUUGCCACACAAGCAUUCGAUUUUGUCGAUGAAUUAAUUCGUGAUUUCUCAUAUAUCACCGAAAGUUUUUUCAUUGAUUAUGUAAAUUGUCUCUCGAGUUAUGCAAAUGGUCGUCAUAAAGAUCUCAGUUUGAAGGCUAUAGAUAUCCUUAGUUAUUGUGGUGUACAAUUAGCAAAUGGUCGUGUUUGUGCUUUAGUUCGUGAAGAAGGUGCUUCUGCCAAUACUCCACUCUUUACAGAUUCUGAAGAACAUAUAUCGUUGUGGUUCCCACUUUUAACUGGUUUAGCUAGAGUUAUUUCCCAUCCAGAUCCAGAACUUCGUUCUUAUGCCCUCGAUACUCUUUUUAGAGUUUUAGCAUUAUUUGGUAGUACUUUUAGUAGUAAACUUUGGGAACUAAUUUUCCGUGGCGUUUUAUUACCAAUCUUUGAUAAUGUCGGUUAUUCAAAAGGUCAACAUGAAACAAUCUUAGAAGAUACUAAAUGGCUUAAACAAACUGGUAACCAUGCUUUCCAAUCACUCACAGAGAUGUUUAUAAACUUUGUGGAUAUUGUAUGCUUCCUUUUGGAUGAUAUGUUAGACUUAUUGGUCAGUUGUAUCUUACAAGAAAAUGAACUAUUAGCUAAAACUGCAGGUACAUUUUUAAUUCAACUUGUAACUACAAAUGGAUCAAAAUUUUCAAAUGUUCAAUGGUCAAAUAUUGUAUCACAAUUAUAUAAAAUUUUCCAAAUUAAUACACCAUUUGAAAUUUUUAAAUUAAUAGAAUUUAAUGAAGAGAUCAAAUUAAAUGAAAAUAAUUUAAAUGAAAUUUUAUUAAAAAACAAUUUAAUAAAUAAAUUACAACAACAACAGCAACAACAACAACAUCAGUCACAUUCAGCUCCAAUUUCACCAUUAAUUGAUUCUGUUCAACCUUCAAUCCCUCCAAUUUCACCUUUAUUAAAUAAUAAUAAUCAUUCAAAACCAGAUAAUGAUAUCCCACUUAGAGUUUCUUCAUCAUUACCAUCAACUCCAUUAACUUUAACACCACCAAUAAUUAGAAAAGAAAAUAAUGAAGAAUUAAAUAAUAAUAAUGAUGAAUCAAUGAUUCCUUCUCCACCACAAAACUUAACAAUUAAUCAUAAUAGAUCACAUUCAGAUUUACCAACUACACCAUCAAAAAAUCAUAAUAGAAAUUCAUCAAUUAAUUCAAAUGUAAAUUUUCCAACAACAAUUCCACAACAACCAAUUCAGCAACAACAACCAAUUCAGCAACAACCAAUUCAACAACAAAAUACACAAAAACAAUAUCUUUUAAAUAUUAUUCAAUCAAAAUGCUCAGUACAAUUACAAAUGGUUCAAGCUAUUAAUGAUAUUGCAAUUUCUCACUAUGAAUUUUUAAAUACAUCACAAUUAUUUAGUUUGGGCGAUUGUUUACAUUUAACAUUUACUUUUUGUCAAGAUGCACUUAAUGAACAACGUUUAAAUGACUCUCUUAAAAGAGUUGGUCAAACUUUUGAUAUUCUUAAAAAGAAAGCAAUUACAGGAUAUUUAAAUCUUUUAAUGAUUUUAUAUUCAGAACAAGAAAUUGAUGUUUCAAAUAGAACAAUUCAUUCCGAACACAGGUUAAUAAAUUUAUGUAAAGAAUUAAUUCAAAUAUUUAUUUCAAAACCAAAAGAAUCAAUAGUUCAAACAUCAACUAUUAUACAAAUUCUGCAAGGUAUAUUAUCAUUUGAUAAUGAAAAAUUCUUAAGAAAUACAAGUAUAUAUUAUAAUUUAUUGGUACAACUUUUGCUUGAAGAUGAUAAAGAUAUAAGAACAAAUUUAAGAGAUAUUUUAUUAAGAAUUGGUAAAUUAAAUGGAACAAUAACAACUACAUCAACAACAACAACAUCAACAAUAAUAACAUCAACACCAACAAUAACAACAAUAUCAAAAUAA